UCCAUCUGCUGGCAAGGCCAAAAUCAGAACAGCCCAUAGAAGAAUCAUGAUUUUGAAUCAUCCUGAUAAAGGUGGAUCACCUUACUUAGCAACAAAAAUUAAUGAAGCAAAAGACUUGUUGGAAUCCAGUACCAAAAAUUGA